UGAUGGGUGGAGAGAAGCCUGCUCAUUCUCUUGGGAGAGCAGAGCAGAAGCAAGCUCGUGCGGUUUUCACACCUCCCGGGGGCAAAGCGACAGGGCACAGCGGCGGGACACAACGGCUUCCACCUUGUCCGGUAUUCUGCGGUGUUCCCAGACAGCUGGAAAUGACGAGGGUCUAAGGCCUCCCAUUCCACCAUCUGGCCAUGAAGACCUGCCCCUUGGUGUCCAGUGCCCACAUUCCCAGGGUGUUGAGCAUCCUGCUCCUGGCUGCUUCACUGAAUGCUCAGCAUGAAAGCUGGGACAGUCCUCUAUGCACCAAGGGCACAUUGUCUGUGCCAAGAGGCAGCCACGCCGUGAUGACCUGUAACAUCUCUAACACCUUCUCUGAUGUCACCAUCCAGCUGAAGAACAGGAUCAUCUUCGAUGAGGUGCCCCAAGGAAACUUCCGCUUCGAUGGGUGGGAGCUCCAAGUUCAAGGAGGCCAGGCGCGGCUCAUGAUCAAAGACACCCAGGAUGUCCACACAGGGCUGUACUUUUGGCACCUGCAUGGACUCCAGAGAAAUUACAGAUUCACCACCCUGAAUGUUUCAGAGCCUGCAAACAAGGAACGCACAGACGCCACCCCUUCAGAUCCAGUCAAGCACUCUCAGCAGGAGGUCGGGCCUGAUACCCUCACCCUCGUGGGAGUCCUGGUCACUGUCAUCUUGAUCUUGGGACUCACGGGAAUCGGAGCACUAAUCUGCUACAGGCGCCACCGUUCUUCCAAGUUCCAGUGGAUACGUGCCUCUGCGCCUGACUUGAGGAGGUUCUAAGUCUGUGGACCAGUGGAGGCUGGAGGAGCUGCCUGCAGAGCUGAUUCCAGAGAGAGACCACCAGCUUGGGCUUGUCAUGUUCUUAGCCCUUGGCGGCUGCUACGACCAUCUGGAAACCAAACACCAUGGAGCCACCAUCACGUGCUUGGCAGAGCAAAAGACCGUUCGUGUUUUCUGGAUGCAGAAGACCUUUCCCCGAGGGUGAUGUAACCCUUGGUUCUCUGCAGAGGAGGGGGCAGUGACUCGCUGAAGAGGGUGUUGGAGUCUGGAAAACAGUGGGCAUUUCUCAGUCGCAUGAACAAGAGUACAGCCUCCAGACUAUGGUCUUCAGCCAUCUGAUCUGCUCCUCAGCUCUUUCCAAAAUUUGGGAGUUUCCAUCUGCAAAGCCCUUGACCCUCAGCAUCCCCACCCUCUGCCUCUUACAGUGGCCUAGGCUCCUUUGCUUCUGCUGAGCCCCUGAGCUCAGCGUCUCUCCGAUACCCACUGAUCUCCAGUACAAGCCUAGGGCUGCACCAAGAGCUUGGGCACACAUCUGCUUUCUGACUCACAAUAGUAACAAGCUUGGGAAACCCAGAUGUCAAGUUCCGAGGGCCAAAAUAGGAAGAUUAGACGUGUGAGUUGAACCAUCACCCCACUCCUGCCACUGGAAGGCAGAGUGCCCCCAGGACAGGGGUCUAUGGAAGGUAUAGGUGCUUGCUCACAGGUAUUACUUUCCUGGGGAAGACAGUCAGCUCUGAGACUCCCCUGGAGGGGCUCUAUUUGGCAGAACCCUGGCCCCAACUCCCUGAUUCAUAUCCAAAGCCCCCUGUUCUUUUCUGACCUUUUGUCUUGGUUACAAUGCUGCUUUUCCUUACAUAUAGAUUUUUUAAAGGAGUUUUUCAUAGAAA